GGCACAUUGAGGGAGCUGGAGCUCCGCCCCCUUUGCCCGGCAUCCCCCUCGCCGCCGCAUCCAAGAUGGAGGAGUACGCUCGUGAGCCCUGCCCCUGGAGAAUUGUGGAUGACUGUGGUGGUGCUUUCACUAUGGGUACCAUAGGAGGUGGUAUCUUCCAAGCAAUCAAAGGUUUUCGCAAUUCUCCUGUGGGGGUAAGCCACAGGCUUCGAGGCAGUUUGACAGCCAUCAAAACCAGAGCACCACAAUUGGGAGGUAGCUUUGCAGUUUGGGGAGGUCUCUUUUCCAUGAUUGAUUGCAGUAUGGUAAAAGUCAGAGGAAAAGAAGAUCCAUGGAAUUCCAUCACAAGUGGUGCCUUAACUGGAGCCAUAUUGGCAGCAAGAAAUGGACCAGUGGCCAUGGUUGGUUCAGCUGCAAUGGGUGGCAUUCUUCUUGCUUUAAUAGAAGGAGCUGGUAUCCUGUUAACAAGAUUUGCAUCUUCACAAUUUCCAAAUGGACCCCAGUUUGUUGAAGAUCCUUCCCAGUUGCCUCCAUCCCAGUUGCCACCCUCACCAUUUGGAGACUACCGGCAGUAUCAAUAAUGAGACUGUUGCCCUGAGGUUUCUUAUUAGAAUAUGAUUUUUAGUUCUAGAAGGAUUCUGGAAGACCAAGUUACAGUUGGAUUUGGACAAGAAGGGCUGAAUACUCUGAAGAAACACUUAGCACUUUCUCUAUUUAAAGGAACCUGGGACAGAAAGUCUAAAAGCUUAAAUUUUAUUUAUUCAUACUUGGAUUGCAUUUCUAAUAAAAUUAAAUGUCUAGUAUCAUUAAAAAGGAAAUACUUUAAGUGCUUAGAAGAUGAAGGACCAAAGAGUAUUGAAAUUGAUUUCCUUAUGGACUUUACUGCCUGGUUUGUUGUUCUGUGGUUCAAACAAUAAUGCCCCUUGGAACUUGUUCUUUCUUUCAAGAUCAGUAGUAAUGCUCUACUUUUCAUCCUCAAAUACUUCAUCUUCUCAACAAAAAUAGAUUUAAACCUGCAUGUAUUGGAGUUAGAAUCUUUUCUUACUCCUGAAAUGGAUUGUGUAUGAAAAUGAUGCCAACCCAGCACAGGUUAUUUUUAGUAAAAUACUUUAAGCAUCGAAGGGAUACGGUAAAGUGCUGAUUUUUCUCACAACAACAUCGCCUUACAGGGAAAGUGAAAUAUGCUGUGCCCUUUUGAGGCUGUCAACUACAAGACUUCUCUGAGGCUACUAUGCCUUGGUUUCUGACCAUUAGAAAUCUCACCAGAAAUGACUGAUAUCCAAAAUGCUUGGUCCCAUAAAAGAGGAGCUCAGAGCUGGAAUAGUUUUCAUUAUUGGAAAAGUUUGUUGUUUAUUUGUGGAAUUGAAAAUAAAAUAUGGAAAAUUUUUGUGA